CGCGUUACAGCGGUACGGAAAGGGGGACACUCGGCGACCAUCUUUGAUAUGUGGUUGAUUGUUUACCGAAAGCAGAAAUCAUAAAGUGCAAUAAAAGCAUAGCAGGAGAUUUAAAAUAAUACUACACAACGAUUAAUCACAGUCGGAAAGACGUGUAAUUCAGGUAAAAACCAAAUUAUCUGGGUUAUUCGUAAGUAAGAGCUCAUCCCACCACAUCUGCAGUUGCACGGCAGGCUGAUGAGCUGUCUCUCUCUGCUCUGUCGUCCAGACUAACAUACAUCUGUGUCUUCGCCUCCUUCGGCUGCAGAAAGUCGACACCCUGGGUCUUUCCAGAAGUCUUCCUCCUAUAAUAGUCACAGACGGCAUGCAGACAGUAUCAUAGUAACAACGUCAUGGCAGACAAGAGAAAGCUACAAGGUGAAAUAGAUCGAUGUUUGAAGAAGGUAGCGGAAGGUGUAGAACAGUUUGAAGACAUCUGGCAGAAGCUUCACAAUGCGGCUAAUGCUAACCAGAAGGAAAAGUAUGAAGUGGACCUCAAGAAAGAGAUAAAAAAAUUACAGCGGCUCCGAGACCAGAUUAAGACUUGGGUGGCCUCCAGUGAGAUCAAAGACAAAAGGCAGCUGGUGGAGAACCGCAAACUUAUUGAGACGCAAAUGGAGCGGUUCAAGGUCGUGGAGCGUGAGACAAAGACGAAGGCCUACUCUAAGGAGGGCUUAGGCCUGGCUCAGAAGGUGGACCCUGCACAGAAAGAGAAGGAGGAGGUUGGCCAGUGGCUAACGAACACGAUAGACACUCUAAAUAUGCAGGUGGAUCAGUUUGAGAGUGAAGUCGAAUCUCUGUCUGUCCAGACCCGUAAGAAGAAGGGCGAUAAAGAAAAACAGGACCGUAUCGAGGAGCUGAAGCGCUUCAUCGAAAAGCACAGGUACCACAUCCGCAUGCUGGAGACCAUUCUGCGCAUGCUGGACAACGACUCCGUGCAAGUGGACGCCAUCCGCAAGAUCAAGGAUGACGUGGAGUACUAUCUCGACUCUUCACAGGACCCCGACUUUGAGGAGAACGAAUUCCUCUAUGACGACCUUGAUCUCGAGGACAUCUCUGCAUCUGUGGUGGCCACCUCUCCCCCUGGGCACUCUCACAUGGAGGACGAGAUCUUUUUGCACUCCAGCAGCACCCCCACCUCCACCACCUCCUCCUCACCAAUCCCUCCAUCCCCAGCUGCUUGUGCUGUGGAUAACUCAGAAGAUGAUAAGAAAAGGGGACGCUCUACAGAUAGUGAUGUCAGCCAGUCACCUGUGAAGAACGGAAAUCCUUCAUUAUCAUCCUUGUCAGCUUCUUCGUCCUCUUCUGGGACGGCAUCACUGAUCUCACUGGCUGCGUCCUCGGGAGGCAGCGGGACAGGGGGCAGCAUGGGGGGGCUCGGCCACAGCUCUGGCACCUUCAGCGCCGUCAUUCAGCAGCAGCUGCAGACGUUGUCUCAGGCCAAAGCCUGCAUCCCUGGAGCCCCUGCCAGCAGCCCAGGCUCCUCAGGCCUCAUUCUCCUGCCCACGUCUUCCGUCGCCUCGCCUCCCAGUUCCACUGCCCCUGGCUCAGGAGGCCAUAGCUCUCAACCUCAGGCACUUCCGGGAUCUACUCCCACGUUGGGUGUAGGGAUGGUUCAGGGUUUGGGUUUGGCCAAAAGUGGAGUAACGGGCUCAAACGGUACGAGCCAGGCGUCUGGCUUAGGCCUCUCCGGGAAGCCGGCGCCUCUUGGUGCUGCGGCUGCCCUCCUGUCCGGCUCCUCCCCUGCGGCAUACGCACAGGCUGCAGCGUCCGGAGGGGCGGGAGUUGGCUUGGCUGGGUCGGCCGGAGGAAGCUUGGGUAGCGCAGCCUCUCCCGGAGGGGCCGGCGGUGGCAGUAACAACGGCAGCGGCGCUUCUGUGGCCCUCCUGGGCUCGGCUCCUGGACUCGCUGGUGCCAGCAAUGGUAUUCUGGGCCUUGGUACUCAGGCUGCCAUCGCGGCCUCAGCGCAGGCGUCCAUGACCUCCGUCAGUGUGACUCCGGGAAGUUCCGUGGGGGUGAUAGGUGGCAGCGUAGGGAGCGCAGGGUCAAGCGGAUCAGGAAGCGGCGUUCCUGUCAGGCCACCAAGUGGACAGAAACAGAACGGCAGCACAAGUUACAGUGCUGUUGUUGCUGACAGCUUGCCUGACUCCGCCCUCAACAGUACCAGCCAAUCACCAGAUAGCCAACCCUCCUCCUUGAGCUCCACAGCCAAUCAACCUAAGGACGGCGGCUCCAGUCUGUUGCGCUCCAUGAGUCUAUCCCCCAGCUCCCCCUCACCGUCCUAUGCCGAGAGUAAGCCAGCAGGGGGCAGUCUGCUCAACGGGCCACACUCCUACCCGUCGAGCUCUGAGGGCAUCAAGCUUGCUACAGAUCUCCGUCAGAUCCUGAUGGAUGCGGGGGCCGGAGAGCAGCCGGGACCAAUCGCGGCCUCAGCAAACACGCGGAAGAGAAAGCAGUGUCAGGCUCCGGAACCCCUGAGUUCCCUGAAGUCUAUGGCAGAACGAGCGGCAAUGGGCACAGCAAUGGAGGCAGAAGUGCCCGGUCUGCACCUCCCUGACCGAGACCUCUUCACCGGCUCUGCGGCUGCCCCCGGCCUGCCAGCUGCUUCCCAGCCCUCCCUGUCCGAGGUCAGCAUCCCUCCUUCGCUGGGCGUGUGUCCCCUGGGCCCUGUACCGCUCUCCAAAGAGCAGCUCUACCAGCAGGCCAUGCAGGAGUCGGCCUGGGCGCACAUGCCUCACCCCUCCGACUCCGAGAGAAUCAGGCAGUACCUGAUGAGGAACGCGUGCCCCACCCUGCCCUUCCACCAGCUGGUGCCUCCGCCUCACUCGGACUCUGUGGAGUUCUACCAGAGACUCUCCACUGAGACGCUCUUCUUCAUCUUCUACUACCUUGAGGGCACCAAGGCGCAGUACCUGGCAGCCAAGGCCUUGAAGAAGCAGUCGUGGAGGUUCCACACCAAAUACAUGAUGUGGUUCCAGAGGCAUGAGGAACCCAAGACCAUCACAGAUGAGUUUGAGCAGGGGACCUACAUUUACUUUGACUACGAGAAAUGGGGCCAGAGGAAGAAGGAGGGCUUCACCUUCGAGUAUCGCUACCUGGAAGACCGCGACCUCCAGUGAGGCUGCCAGCGGGUGGGGUUGGGGGAUGGGGGCGGUUUGCGGCCCGGCUGACAUUCCUCGAGUGACCCCGGCAUGCCAACCGGAGGUGGAGUUUUUCCCCCUGAGAGAUGCCUCUUAAUGCACGUGCCUCCCCUUCCUGUAAUUUAAUUGAAAUUCUUUAAGGCAGAAGAUGGUAUUUUAUUCGCUGUCAUUUAAAUGCUGCGAAAUGGCCAUGUCAAGAAGUGGAAAAAUACGGGACCAGGUUAUUGGUGAUGCUGUUGCAAUCUGCGCCCCUUCGUACCAUGAGUGUGCCUGAUGGUGAUGGCUUUGAACCCCUCCCCUCUCCUCCCCUCCCCCUCCCCUCUCCUUCCCCUCCUCUCCUGGAUGUGUGUUCCUGUCUGUACCUGCUGACCUGCAUUUCAGGCUGACAUGGGUAUAAACCUGCUAUGCAAUGGGUGUGAAGUUGUAGGACCAAUCUUACCAGGCCUGUACUGUUCCCCCUGCUCACAUGGGCUUGUCAGCUGUGAGGCUCUAGUGUACUGCCAGGCUAAUAAUUUUGUCCCCAGCAGGGGGAGCCAGUCAAGCCACUUGGUGGCUGUUUGUGUGCCCAGUCAGUUACUGCCUGUAACACCAGCUGAGUUUUGCAGGUUCCUCUAGCCACCCAAGGUAGAACUGCCUGAAAAAAACCAAGUCAUCUAUUGGAAUAGGGUAGUAAGCAGAGGGAUGCUGCUGGUGUGACCUGCCGUGUGCCGAUCUCUGCCGCAGCUGUUCAUGUCCUCAUUGGCCUUUUCCAGAUUUCAGGCUUAAAUGGGCUCAUUGAAUUACUUUUUUUGUUGAAACCAUCCUUUGAAGUGCAAUCUCUUGUAAGACUUCAGAAAAGAUAUAGUGUGAGGAUCAUUUCAGGUUGCUGGGGAGAAGAGCCAGCAGACUGGGGCUGUCUCUCAAAGCUGAAGCCUCCUUGCCAUUGGUCAGAACCACAAAAAGAGGAGUGGAUUUAAUACUGUAAUAAAUGUUUUCAUAAAUUUAA